AUUGGCGCGUUUUAUCUGCUCUUAUUAUCGAUGUUGCGUGCGAAGUUUUAGGGAGGGAGCUGCAUUUCUCCUUCACUUUGGCUUCAUGAUUUUGGAUUUCCUUUCUCAUCUUACAAAGACAGAGCUUGGAACCUAAAUAUUUUUUUGGUUUUCUUCAUUAAAGAAAAAAAAUACAUCCAUACUUUCCUACACAGCUGUUCGGAGGAUUACCCAGACUUGUAUGAUAUGAUAUUAUCUCAGUAAACAGAUUGGACAUCAACAUGAACCAGUGGCUAGUCGUUUUUCUGUGUGUGACGCUAUCAUGGAGGCUGCAAACAGCAUCAACCCAAACCCAUGAAGUGGUGUGUCCUGGUACACAGAACGGACUGAGCUCCACAGGGUCCCAGGAGAAUCAGUACAACCUGAUUAAGGACCGGUAUGAUGGCUGUGAGAUCAUCAUGGGAAACCUGGAGAUCACUCAGAUUGAGAGUAACUGGGACUUCUCCUUCCUCAAGACAAUCCGCGAGGUGACUGGCUACGUCCUCAUCGUUAUGAACCACUUUCAGGAGAUUCCUUUAGGGCAACUACGGAUCAUUAGAGGAAACAGCCUGUAUGAAAGACGCUUCGCCCUCUCUGUCUUUCUCAACUACCCUAAGGAUGGCUCCAACGGCCUGCGACAGCUGGGGCUCGCAAACCUGACAGAGAUUCUGGAGGGAGGAGUGCAGAUUAUCAACAACAAAUACCUGAGUUAUGGCCCUUGGAUCUACUGGCAAGAUAUCGUCAGGGACAACAAUGCUCCGAUUGAAAUCCAGUACAAUGGAGAGAGAGGCCCAUGCCACAAAUCUUGUGGAGAUUACUGCUGGGGGCCAAAUGAGGACCAGUGUCAGAUCUUGACUAAGACGGUGUGCGCUCCGCAGUGCAAUGGCCGUUGUUUCGGGACGAGCCCCCGGGACUGCUGUCACAUAGAGUGUGCAGCAGGAUGUAAAGGCCCUCUGGAUGUAGACUGUUUUGCAUGUCGUAAUUUCAACGACUCCGGAGCCUGUGUGCAGCGCUGUCCCCAGACUCUGAUCUAUAACAAGCAGAUGUUUCAAAUGGAGACCAACCCCAAUGCAAAAUAUCAGUACGGAUCCAUCUGUGUAUCUCAGUGCCCGACACAUUUUGUGGUGGACGAUAGCUCCUGCGUGAGCGCCUGUCCUCCAGACAAGAUGGAGGUGGAGAGAGAAGGCCAGAGGCAGUGUGAGCUCUGCAGUGGACUCUGCCCAAAAGUGUGCGAAGGAACGGGCGCCGAACACAGACAGACCGUGGACUCCAGCAACAUUGACAGCUUCAUCAACUGCACCAAGAUCCAGGGCAGUCUUCACUUCCUGGUCACAGGGAUUCUUGGAGACGAUUUUAAAAAGAUUCCACCCCUGGAUGCCAAAAAGCUGGAAGUGUUCCGCACUGUCAGAGAAAUAACAGAUAUUCUAAACAUCCAGUCUUGGCCCAAGGAGCUGAAUGAUCUGUCCGUUUUUGCGAGUCUCACUACCAUUCAAGGGAGGUCGCUCUACAAGCGUUUUUCUCUGAUGGUGAUGCACAUCCCCACUCUUACUUCGCUGGGUCUGCGCUCCCUCCGGGAGAUCAGUGAUGGCAGCGUGUACAUCAGUCAGAACGCCAACCUCUGUUACCACCACACUGUAAACUGGACGCAGCUGUUCAGAGGCCGCAGAGUUCGAGUCGACAACCUCAACAACAACAGGCCGCUGGCAGAGUGUGUUGCAGAAGGCCAUGUGUGUGACCCACUGUGUUCAGACUCAGGUUGCUGGGGUCCGGGGCCCGACCAGUGCCUCUCCUGCAGGGACUACAGCCGAGAUGGCACAUGUGUGGCCAGCUGUAACUUUUACACAGGAUUUCCAAGGGAGUUUGCACAGCCUGAUGGUGAAUGUGUUCCCUGUCACCCAGAGUGUAAGCCUCAGCAUGGGAAAGCCAGCUGUACUGGAUCGGGUGCAGAUGAGUGUGUGGUGUGUGCCAACCUUCGGGAUGGUCCUUAUUGCAUGUCAUCUUGUCCCACUGGAGUAAAUGAUGGACAAAAGGGACUAAUCUUCAAAUACCCCAACAGGGAGGGUCACUGUAAACCAUGCCACCACAACUGCACACAAGGAUGCUCAGGCCCAGGAUUAAAUGAUUGUUUAGGGACAGCCAGACUGGCAGUUAGCAGUGGUCAGAUCACAGGUAUAGCUUUAGGUGUGCCGGCCGGCUUGAUUUUUUGCCUGGUGUUGUUUUUCCUGGGAGUGCUGUACCACCGAGGCCUGGCCAUCCGUCGCAAGAGAGCCAUGCGGAGGUACCUGGAGAGUGGAGAGAGCUUUGAGCCACUAGGUCCAGGAGAGAAAGGUACCAAGGUUCAUGCCCGCAUAUUGAGGCCCUCAGAGCUGAAAAAAAUCAAAUCCCUUGGCUCAGGAGUUUUUGGCACAGUGCACAAGGGAUUUUGGACUCCAGAGGGAGAGACAGUGAAGAUCCCCGUGGCCAUUAAGACGAUCCAGGAUAGCUCAGGCCGACAGACGUUCACUGAGAUCACUGAUCACAUGCUAUCCAUGGGCAGCCUGGACCAUCCCUACAUCGUUCGGCUGCUGGGCAUCUGUCCAGGUGCCUGUCUGCAACUGGUGACCCAGCUUAGUUCGCAGGGGUCCUUACUGGAGCACAUCAGGCAGCACAAGAACAGCCUGGACCCCCAGCGCCUGCUCAACUGGUGUGUGCAGAUUGCUAAAGGGAUGUUCUACCUGGAGGAGCACUGCAUGGUCCAUAGGAAUCUGGCUGCCCGUAACAUCCUGCUGAAGAAUGACUACCAGGUCCAGAUCUCUGACUACGGUGUAGCAGACCUCCUUUACCCCGACGACAAGAAAUACGUCUACACUGACACCAAGACACCUAUAAAAUGGAUGGCGCUUGAAAGCAUCUUGUUUCGAAGAUACACUCAUCAAAGUGAUGUCUGGAGUUAUGGGGUGACAGUGUGGGAGAUGAUGUCAUUUGGGGCAGAGCCAUAUGCCUCGGUGCAGCCUCAGGAAGUACCGAGUCUGCUGGAGAAGGGUGAACGCCUGUCGCAGCCCCACAUCUGUACCAUAGACGUCUACAUGGUCAUGGUUAAAUGCUGGAUGAUUGAUGAAAAUAUAAGGCCAACCUUCAAGGAGCUGGCCAGUGACUUUACUCGUAUGGCGAGAGACCCACCGAGAUACCUGGUCAUCAAGUUGGAAGGAGGCGAAGAAGCCUUGGAACAAAUGCAUCGGAGAGAAUCAGAGCGAGGUCUUCUGGAUGCAGAUUUGGAAGAUCAAGAUGAAGAGGGACUGGGGGAUGGUUUUGCUACCCCUCCUCUUCAACAAUCUCCAUCUUGGAGUCUGUCCCGGUCACGGAUUAAUUCCUACAGGAGUGGCACCUCUCAGACUGGACCUAUCGGAUACCUGCCUAUGACACCGAGCCCUGUGGACAGCAUCCGCCAGCUGUGGUUUCAGAGGUCUCGUCUGAGCUCGGUGCAGACGCUGCCUGAGAGGUCAGAGGUCAGGGGGAGCGGCAGAGAGGCAGAGCUGCAUGAGGAAGGUCUGCAGACUGGGAGUCUUCACAGGACCCGGUUUGGCUCAGAAAGAGGUAUCCCUCGCAUAUCCAUUGGCCGGCACAGGAAGCUUUCGACGGCUUCAAGUCCAUCCUCAUACAAGGUCUGGACGGCACAGGGGGAGGAAGAGGUGGACCACUACGGCUACGUCCUGCCUGGGUCACCUGGCACUUCAGAGAGAGUCCCUAGAUUCUCUCAUUCUAGCCGAAGAAACUCAAGGCUGAAGAGUAAUUUGUCUCUCGUGGUGAUAAAUCCUUCCCAGGAGUAUGAAAUCAUGAGCAAAGAGUCUCCCCCCUGCUCGACCAGAGGUGUCUCAUCUCAGGCAGCGGCCCCCUCUGUGACACUUUGCAAUAAAACCUUGCCUUUACCUUCUCCGACUUUCAUGGCCUCAUUACCUGUAGAGGAUGCAGCAGAUGUGGAAACACUGACAUCAGACUCAGCUGUAAGAAGUAAGCAAGUAGAUGAGGAUCAUGAGGGAACUCUAACAGAGCAAAGAGAGUCUACAGAGAAACAUCAGCUGCCUGGGGACUCUGACAGAGGGAUAGGAGCUGUGGAAGACCAAGAGGAGGCGGCCCGAGGGAUAGGUAGGUACGAAUACAUGGAUAUCAGAUGCUCCGACUCGACAGAGGGAGAGGAUCCGGUAUGGGAGAGACGUGGGAGUCAAACAUCUGCAAGGAGCGCGGCAGAGACAGACAAAACAGACCAAACAGACCAAACAGUGGAGGUGUUGAAAAAGGAGCAUGAGGAGGGAGAGGAAGAGGAGAAGUACCACAACACAAACAAACAACCCACACAUCAGGGGAAUCUGAGUGGUAUGGUCAUGCUCAGGCCAGAUGUGCUCACAGCUGGUGGGGGAAAGGUAGAGGAGUAUGAGGAGAUGACCAAAUUUGGAGUGGUGCCCAGUGGUUGGGAGCAGGCAGACUACCAGAACCUCCCGGUGAAGGGGAGGGCUGUUUCUGAGGAGGUGGGCAGUGGCAGGUGUGCGGGGAUCGGGGGAUACAUCAAGGUGUGUGCUGGCAUGGGGGAGCCUGGCAGCAACACAUCGUUUGACAACCCAGACUACUGGCACAGCAGACUGUUCCUCAAACCAGAUGCUGUACGCACCUAAUAAUGCGGACUGGGACAGAGAUAUAGCAACUGUUACUGCGAUAAAGUUUGGGAAUUUUGUAUGUUUAAUUUUUUUUUUUUUUAACAGUUUUUUUCUUUGAGUUCCAGCAUUCAACAAGCUUUGAAAGAUAAAAGUUGAAAAAAGAAAAGAAAAAAGAAAUACACCUUAAAUCUCAUUUUACAUUUUCAUGGUGGAGUGCAUAAAUGUUUCUGAACUAUUAAAUGGUACAAAACAAACAAAAUUAGGGCAGGCAAAAUGUGGUGUUUGCCCAUGAACUAAAUAAAGAGUACUUUACAUCACAUGCUUCACUGUUAUAAUAGCUGUGUCAUUUGUGAGAUGAGGUGUUCCAGUCCAAUUUAUAUAGAGCAGUCUUUUUGUACAAUUUAUUAUGAAUCAUUAAAUAAACAAAUAAAUACGAUUAUUUUGCUACUAUCCACUCAUUUGUGUUGUUGAUGUGUGUACAGCAGGUUUUUUUUGUUUGUUUUGUUUUUUAUCAAUGUGUUGGAGUGCUUUUAUAAAAUAAAGAAAUAAGAUAUCGA